GUGAACGGACCGAGCGGAGCUUUGCUGAAACGAGCUACAGCUGGUUAGCAGACUAAAAUAACUCUAAACGGAAUAUAUUCGAACAGUGGAGUUACAAACAUUGUUGGUCUAGGAUUUGUUUCUCUCGCUGUCCGAGCACGUGAGAAUCAAGGGCUCCAGGUUUGUCCCGUCUAAAUGUGAGCUGAAGCGGCAACUCCUUUCGACAUGUUCUCGCCUCAGAAACACCACCUGUCCCACCUGCUUCUCACAGUCCUGCUGCUCGGUGGCCGGACAGCGGACGGAGCUCUGAACGGGUCGGAGGCGGUAUCCUCUGUGCUGCUGCCCAGCGUCCCCUCCAGCAGGAACAUCGUGGUGAAGGAGGGAUCCAGCACGUUGAUUGAGUGUAACGUGACCGCAGCAUACGACGACAUCAAGUGGUACAACUCUAAAGGAACGCUGCUGGCUGACACAGGUGGGAAGUGGAACAUGCAGGAGAAGGGCGUCCUGAACAUCACCGUGGUCUCCUUUGACGACCGCGGCCGCUACACCUGCGUCACCGACGGAACCGAAAGCUACGCCGUCACUCUCCGCGUCGCCCACAUCGACGGUGGCCUGGGCCUCUACUUCGUCAUCAUCUGCCUGGUGACGUUCACCGUCAUCAUGACCCUCAACGUGGCGCGCCUCUGCAUGGUCAGCAGCCACCUGAAGAAGACCGAGAGGGCCAUCAAUGAGUUCUUCCGCACGGAGGGCGCAGAGAAGCUGCAGAAGGCGUUGGAGGUCGCCAAGCGCAUUCCCAUCAUCACGUCGGCCAAGACGCUGGAGCUCGCCAAGGUCACGCAGUUCAAGACCAUGGAGUUCGCCCGUCACAUGGAGGAUCUGGCUCGGAGCGUCCCUCUGCCGCCGCUCAUCCUCAACUGCCGCACGUCCGAGGAGGAGGUCGUAGAGACGGGGAACGCGAGGCCCCACGCAGAGCAGUUCGGGACGUCGGUGUCCAGGAACAGACAAGCUAUAGGCCCUCCCUCCGCCGAGAGAAAGGGAGAUGAAGAAAGGGGGGAGGUGUGUCGGGCGCUGCUGCCAAGCGGAGGGAACAAUGAUGUCAAAGUUUCAAUCCACACAGUGUCUGAGAAGAUGGACGACGAGGAUUUGGAUGCUGGGAGGAGCCUCCAUGUGCCAGGUUCGCGGACAAGUGUGUCCUAUGAAAGCAACGUAUAGGCACCCUCUGAAGUGUCUAACUGCAAGUGCUUAGAAUACAGUACAUAAAAAUACAAAUUGUGGGAUUGGUUACCGUCUAGAUCUUUGUGAUUCAGGUUCUACAUAUUGGUUCACAUUCUUAUCAAAUCCUGAGUGGAAAUCUUGUCGUAGUAGGAGGAGAAAGCAAAAAAACAGCUAUCUUGUCGUGUAAAAGUUGGAUUCUGUCUGUUUUCCACUUGUUCCUCCUAGAGAUGGGCACCCUAGCUCCGGGUGAUCUCGGACAUUAUGACUUACAGUCUGAGUCAUGCUCCUUCUCCUUCCUGCAUUAGAGUGUUUCCAUGUGACUUUGAAGGAAGUGCAGUAGGUCCAAUUUAGCUUUCACGAAAAGGCUGUUUCGGAAUCCUCAAUUCUUAUCAAAUUGCUACAAAAUCGCAAUUUCCGACCGUCAACAGAGCUCAGAAUUCUACUUUCUCUUGCCUUAAAUCCAUUUGCUCUUUACCUUCCAUGUUUGUGUGGUGGGAUCCCCUCAAUGUUUCAUUCUGCGGGCACUGUAGCAGAUAUAAGAGCUGGUGUUCCUAGACACCAUUUGAUGCCUUUCACUUUGACAGUCAGUCAGCUUCCACUGAACAAAAUAUUGUAAUGAAAUAUCCUCAUUCCAUUGUGUCUUCAUGUCCCUGAUUCCUGUCAAUCAUCCGUCACUCACAGGAAGAAGUGGGAGACUUUGAAAUAAUGCCUCAAAAACAUGUCACUUCACAAACUAUGUGCAGGUCUCUUUUAGUUAUGUUAGUCAGGACGGCAGAUAAUUACAGGUUAGCUUUUUCUCCAGAGGGUCUUUUUCAGUGAAAGAGGUAAACAUUUAAAAAAAAAAAAUAUAUAUAUAUAUAUAUUAGCAAUCCAUGAUGUUUGAGGAUUUUUUCAAAGAUGUUGAAGCAAGCCUCCUGCUACUUUUACCUUUCAGGGGCAGCAGAGGAACUGCAAUAUAAAUGUGAUUAUUCACAGCUCCAAUGUGAUGGAAAAUGCCUGAAAUUGUGCUCUAAACAUGCAGGUGUAGUUUAUCAUAUGUUGAUGUGUGCAUGCCUGGAAAAGUCUGGGAUUUUUUUUUGUUAUGAAGGUGAUGCAGCGUUUUCUUUCUGUUUCUAAUGACAUUUGUGAGGGUGGAACGUAAAUAUUGACUCAUUUGGGGCAAGUUUGUAAUUUAUUCUUUAGUGUCGUGAUUUACAUUCGUACGUGGAUCGUCCAUGUACAGGGGAAGGUGUCUCAUAACAGGAGUGUCUCUAAAUGGGAUCACUAGGCUUAAAAGUAAGAUUUAACAUAUUCUGAUGAAAACGUAUAAAGAUCUCUUAAAUGUUUUGAGUUUGUCUUCCUGAGAUCUUGUUAAGCUCAUGAAGUAAAAGAUGAAAGAGUCACUCUCACAAUCACAGUACUUGUAUCUGUGGCUAUGAGGAGUUUUUUUUUUUACAACCUAAAAACCAAGUCAGAUGCCAAAUGUUGAGAAACAGCUUCUUUACUCAGUCUGAGAGAUAUGUGUAAGAAAAGUACAUCAUGCAAGAUGUGGUAACUGGACAACUUUAGUUGAACUUGUUUUGUAGUAAAUGAUACAAUGUCUUCUGUGUGAAAUAAUGUCAUAUCAAUAAUGUGUUUAAGGUCAUACGAAAGGACCGAAGGCAACAUCCUACAAUUGACAAGUAAAUAAAUACAAGCCAACACCUUGUCUGGUGGUGGUUUCUGCCGUUUCAGGAAAUGUUAGCAACCUGGCUAAUGAGCCACUGGGGGGCGCUGUUGGGUAAAACAUCACUUUUGCAUAUCGGCUGUAACACUCACUACUAAAACACUUGAUAUCAUUGUUGAAGAAGAAGGUGAGCUGAAGCGUCACUUCAAGUUCAGAUUUCUGGGACUUACUUUGUUGAAGUACUAUUUGGAAAUGUGUUGCUGUACUUUGCUGUGUACCAUUUCUCUGUAACUUUAGACAAAUGUCAUAAUAUGGGUGAAGCUAGAAUAUUUACUGUAAUAUUCUUGAUGUACGCAGUGUCACGACUUCUACCAGUGCAUAAUUACUCGCCUCAUCUUUGAAUAGUACUUCAAACACAGCACAGAUGAUCCAAAGUCCUUUACUCUGUUCUGAGAGAAAUAAACAAAAAAGAUGAAAAUAAAAUUGAAUUUUUCCUUCUCUUGUUUUUCUUUAAAGCUGUAGUUGGUAAUGUGGAAAAAAGGUACCCAACCGGAAAAAAGACAGCCCAGUGUUUCCAACAAGUAGCUCGCAGCAUUAGCUCUAAAAGUUGAUAACUCU